AUGUCUGAAAUUGUUACUCAAACCACUCAAUUCCUUCUCACUACAACAAAUUACACAGUCUGGAAACUCUCUAUUGAAGCCAAACUCCAUGAUCUCGGAUUCCGCGAAUAUGUCAUUGGAACCUGGGACCUCACCAACAAGAACUCGGCUGAAGAUCACGCAAAGGCCGCCAAAUUGAACGGUAAAGCGUACUCGCUCAUCAUUCAAAAUCCUGACUCAGACAAUCUCGCUCUUGUCAGCACGACCCUUCCUGAAAAGGAUCAAUUCAACGGACGUGCUCUUUGGACGCUCUUGAAAGACAAGUACGCCGGAAUGAAUUUCAUCAAUCGAUCAGUUGCAUUGGACAACUUUCUAGACGUUGAAUACAAAGACAUCCCGUCUUUUUGA